AUGCUUCCUACACCAUACGUUCGAUGCGAUUAUGAUACGGUUUAUGAGCCCUCAGAAGAUAGCUUCCUGCUCUUGGAUGCUUUGGAGGAAGAAAGAGCAAGUUUAGGUGCCACAUUUCAGGAUAAGUUGUCAAUUGUCUGCGAAUUGGGCCCAGGCUCAGGUAUAAUCACUACGUUUAUGAUGCAAAAUGGAAUCCCAACGAAGGACAAAUCCAUCUAUUUGGCGGCGGAUAUCAGUCCUUGGGCACUCGAGGCAACUAGAGAUACUGCUAAGCAUAAUAGCUGCAACGGGACUUACUUGGAACCAUUACAGAGCGAUUUGGCUUCCUGCUUAAAGGGUCGAGAAGUUGACUUGUUAGUCUUCAAUCCUCCCUAUGUUCCAGCAGAGCACGUUCCAGAAGCUCCUAGGAUGGGAGAAGAUCACCGUAUGUGGCUUGAUCUGGCGCUGCUAGGUGGCGAAGACGGUAUGGCUGUUACUAAAAGAUUACUUGAUCAGCUCGAUAACAUACUCUCAAAGAAAGGGGUCGCAUACAUCCUAUUUUGUGCCCGAAAUAGGCCUGAAGAAGUGGCCCAAAGGAUGAGACAUAAUGGAAAGUGGAAAGUUGACCUGAUAAUGCACAGGAAGGCAGGUUGGGAGGUCUUGAGCGUCUACAGGUUCUGUAGAGACAAUGCAAUCUAA